ACCAACAUGACCACAUCUUUCCGGGACGGUCUGGCUUUCUGCACUCUAAUUCACAAACACAGACCGGACUUGAUAGACUUUGACUCUUUGAGCAAGGAAAAUAUCUAUGAAAACAAUAAACUGGCUUUCGAGGUGGCAGAGAAGGAGUUGGGUAUACCUGCCUUGCUGGAUGCCGAAGACAUGGUGGCUUUAAAAGUGCCUGAUCGCCUCAGCAUCCUGACCUAUGUGUCCCAGUACUACAAUUAUUUCCAUGGACGCUCUCCUAUUGGAGGUAUGGCAGGGAUUAAAAGACCAGCUGAAGAGUCUAAUGAAGCGCCAUCUGAGAAGAAGAACCAACCUGUCACAGCUAAAGUUUUUCCCUCCCCUAAACCAGCCACAGAGAACAAGACGCCUAAACCAGCAAACGAAAACAAGAGAGAAGUUUUGGUGGAACGUGCCAAUAAAACAACUCUGAGCAGCAGUUGUAAUGUGUGCAACCAACAUGUUCACCUUGUGCAGCGCCACCUAGUAGAUGGGAAACUGUACCACAGGAACUGC